CUGGCGGCCGGGACAUAUCAUGUAAAUACGUACUAAUUGAUGAUAGCUCGGGUGCACAAGCUCGGAAGGCAUCAAGUUACUAUUCCAAGCUCCAACAGUCACUUAUCUCGCAGCAACAAUCCCUUCCUCGACUCGUAUUCAGCGGGAUAUACUACUACAAGCUGUCAGUUCGCCUGAUGGAUGGUCCUUCAGAAACGGAGCCUCUCCUGCGACCAGCACAGGUCCAGCGGAAGGUGACCAACGACAUUUCAGUGGAAGGGUAUUCGUCUGUGCAAGAUGAGUCUGACCAUAACAUGUAUGAUAAUGUGCCGGAUGCAAAGAAGCAGAUCGGACUCGCUAGUGCAGUGAUGCUUAUAUUCAACAGGGUGUUUGGAACUGGCGUUUUUGCAUCGCCUAGCAUUAUCUUGCGGUCGUCAGGGAGUGUAGGAAUGACUUUCGUUAUGUGGAUAUUCGGUGCACUUGUCGCAUCCGCAGGUACUGCUGUUUAUGUGGAGUUUGGGACGGGACUGCCAAGGAGUGGUGGGGAGAAGACCUACAUGGAAUACAUCUAUCGCCGACCGAGGUUUAUGACCACUUGCUUCUACGCGAUAUACGGAUUGUUCAUAGGUUGGUUAUCGGCAAAUAGCGUUGUUUUCGGGGAAUACACCUUGAAUGCCCUCGCAAUCCAGCCUACCACCGUUAAUGUUCGAGCAGUCGCCUUUCUAAUGCACUGGGUUUUUUUCAAGUUAAUUGUGUUACUCGUCAUCGCUGUUUCUGGGCUCUUCAGCCUCGCCGGUGUCCCUGGAUUCGCCGUACAUGCCGGAUACAAUACUCCACAUAAUUUCACGUGGACGUCUUUUUGGGAGGGAAGCGACAUAGGCCCGAAUGCAUUUGUCACUGGAAUGUACAAUGUCAUCUGGGCUUACAACGGAUACUCUAAUGCCAAUUAUGCUUUAUCUGAAGUGCAAGAUCCUGUCCGUACCAUCAAGCGCGCUUCAUCCCUUGCCAUGAUCCUUGUCACGAUCGCGUAUUUGUCUGUGAACGUUGCGUACUUUGCUGUUGUAUCCAAGCAAGACAUGAUGGAAGGUGGCACCAUGGCGGCAGCUCUAUUUUUCAGGAACAUCUUCGGUCCUGCUACAGAGCGGAUUUUGAGUGCUAUUAUUGCACUGUCAAUACUAGGAAACCUUAUGAGCAUGCUGUUCACGCAAGGCAGAGUCGUCCAAGAAUUGGGUAGAGAGGGUGUUCUACCACUUUCAUCUUUCUUCGCCAGCAACAAGCCUUUCAAUGCACCUCUUGCUGGGCUCUUCGCUCAAUGGCUCAUUUCUGUGAUCACCAUGCUUGCUUCUCCUCCUGGAGAUGCUUAUCUCUUUUUCGUAAAUUUCUCAUCGUACCCCAUCACGAUGUUUAAUAUGCUGAUAUCGGGUGGCCUCCUCCUCCUGUACACCCCUGCAUUCAAAUCCUACGAGUGGUGCCCUCCGUUCCGAGCGUGGAAGUCCGUCGUUAUAUUCUUUUUGCUAUCCAAUGUCUUCCUUGCUAUUGUGCCCAUCAUCCCACCGUCUCCAGGAUCCGACGUUUACGAACAUCUCCCAUAUUGGUCCCACGUCGUUUUAGCAGUGCUAAUCGGUAUACUUGGCAUCAUAUAUUGGUUUGUUUACUUCUACUGGUUACCCAGGAAGCAUGGAUACCGUAUCGUGCAAGAGACUGUCUUACAGGAUGAUGGGGUCUCGCGGAACGUCCUUCGAAGAGUACCAAAUGGAUCAGGUGAAGGACGUACGUAAAUGUAAAUGUACACACUGACGAAAUACCUGACCUAGAUACAGGUAUAAUUAGUCCUCAAUCUCGGGUAGAAGAUUGUAUUAUGAUACACCUAGGUUAUGAUU